AACUCAAAAAAAAUAUUGAAGCUCGGUUCGUUAACGUGACAAACCUGUCUCAAACGAAUUUUUAAUGAGUAACCACUCUUUUCGCUUAUCAGCCUUUAAUUGCAUACACUUGUCUCUUGAUUGUUAACAAGAGAUGUUAAACCUAUCCCGAAAAGCCCAUGGGUAUCUCCAAAUCCCCAAACCCCAAGCCAAAAUUUCUUGUCUUCUCACAUCCAUCUUUCAUCUUCGCAUCCCCAUCGAAACCCUUAUCACCGAUUCGGAGCCAAAAUCCAUAUUCAAUGACCUUGAUGAGUCCCCGUCAACAAAACCCUUCGAAAACAGAGACCCAUUUGCUGUAGAGAAUGUCGAGCAGUUUGAUCAAAGCAGGUCAGUAAAUACGUGCACGGUUAGGAUCUCUCGUCACCCGUGGCCUGAAUGGGUCGGGUUGAUGGAACACUUGUGUAGGAGUGGAUACUUGGAAGAAGAAGUUGGGAAUCCGUUUCGCUGUAGAGGAUUGGAUUCUAAGAAUGCGAAUCUAAUUCGGACGGCUUGUCUUAACUUCGCUCGCGAUAGGGUUGAUCUUAUGAGGUACUUCUCAAGUAUAGAUAUCCAGGUGAUAGCAGGUUCUGGAUGUCCAAUCAUAGAUAGGAAAGUUGUCAACUCAGGGAAGCGUCUGAGGGCACAUGUCGGCAUUGAUGAAGGACAUGUUUGUGGUUCCUGCAGUUUGAGGGGAAACUGCAACAGGGCUUAUGUGAAGGCACGUGAGGGUGAAGUUGGGCGGACUGUGGAUGUCAUGCGCCUAUUGUUAACAUAUGGGCUCGAUCCUGUUACUGGUAUGGUAGAGAAUAAGUCGUGUCUAAACAAAUUGGUUGUGGAAACAGCAAGAAGGUUGCUGAAAGAAAUUGUAGAGCAUAGCAUGAAAGAAUUGAAUUCUGAAUCCCCAACUGCCACUUUUACCAAAUGGAGUGCUUCUGUGCAAGAAAGUUCAAUUUACCAAGGACAAGAUCAUAGCAGCGUCUCAACGAAGCAAGGCGAUUGGAUAUGCUCUAAAUGCAACUUGAAGAAUUCUGCCAAAAAUACCAAGUGCGUGCACAAUGGUUGUCGAUUCUUAGAAAGACACAGAAAAGUAGGAGAAGAUCAGGAUCGUCUUGCUUUAAAGAAGGGAGACUGGAUAUGCCACAAAUGCAAUUUCUUGAAUUUUGGAAAGAAUACAAGAUGCUUGAAAUGCGAUGAAAACCCUCCAAAGCGGCUACUAAAUCAUGGAGAGUGGGAGUGUGACUCGUGCAACUACAUCAAUUUCAGAAGAAAUGCGGCAUGCAUAAAAUGUGACCACCGACGGUCAAAGAGUGUAGUAUUGGGAAGACACUAAUGAUCCAUCUCAUCAUGCACAGACAAGACAAACCAAGGAUAGAUGAAGGAGUUAAUCUGGGGAGAUUCGUAGAUGAUUAAACAUUGACCACGAUGUCUGAAACUCAUCUAAUUUGGGUCCAUGAUUUCCACAUUUUUCCUCUUGCAAAUUUGAGCAAUUUGCGUUCAAAAGCACAUGAACAACAUGGAAUGACGGAGGACAAAAAGCUGGGUCCAUGAUUUCUACAUUUCCCCCCUGCAAAAUCGAGCAAUUUGUGCUUGAAAGCACAGUAACAAAAGUAGAUGGCACGCUAUUUGAGAAAUAGUUUGGAUCCGAAGAUGAUGAAGAGGUUGCUGAAUGGUUUGCAUAAUGAAGAACACGAACAACAGAAAGCAUUGUGUUGGGAUUUAGUGCGCGAUCCAAGCCGUCCGUCUCGGUAAUUAAUAUCCAUAUUUCAUCUUGGCUAUUGCAGAUUUGAGCCGUCUAUUGUUGAAAUGAAACUAUUUGAGAAAUAGUUUGGAUCGGAAGAUGAUGAAGAGGUUGCUGAAUGGUUUGCAUAAUGAAGAACACGAACAACGGAAAGCAUUAUGUUGGGGUUUAGUGCGCGAUCCGAGCCAUCCGUCUCGGUAAUUAAUAUCCAUAUUUCAUUUUGGCUCUUGCAGAUUUGAGCUGUCUAUUGUUGAGAUAAAAGGCUCGAUCGUGCACUACGCCCUAUAGUGCAAUCUUGCCCGUUGCGAAGACUCAUUUCCUUAAUCUCAUAGUGAAGUGGUAAAACAAUUACUGCCGAUUAGACUGACAUCAGUUUUGAUUUUGUUGUACCGGUUUGGUGACAUUUUGACACAAUUUCAAAUUGAUAGUUUGAUACUAUUGAGAUAAAAUCAUCUCAUCUUUCAAUGCAAAUAAACCGGUUUGGAUGA